CAACAAACAACCUUGGCCUCAGCGUUCGCAGCCCGACCCUCCCGGCUUCCCCAGAAGCUCCCCACGAUCUCGAGUCCCCUGGCCCUGUUGCUGGCCUUGGUCUCUCUCUUUGUUCCGCCCUCGUGCCGUGGACAGACACAUACGCACCGUUGACGUCUGACGGACCCAACAGCAGAGGUGGUCCAUCCACACCGUCGUUUUCGAAUCAAUCGGACACGCCAUUCCUUGUGUCUCUCUAGAACCUCGAGGGGCGGCAUCCAAGUCUUUUCGCGUCAUCCCCAGCUUAGAUUCUGCCAGCCAUGCCUAGCAAAACACCCCACAACAACGCUGCCAAGGACGGGGACGAUAGCAUGACUGUAGUCGUGCCUCCUUCUAAGUCUUCCAAGCAGCCUGCUCCCUCAACCGAUGCGGAAGGCGACGUGGCAAUGGACGUGGACAAGACCGAGGAGGAAAAGGUUGACCCGGCUGUGCAAGCUGUAGCAGACAUCAAAGCCAACUUUGCCCUCCUUGACCGUGCGGUUGCGCUCUUCGACGCUCGCUUUUCCCUGCGCGCCCUCCGAUCCAUCUCCCUCAUCCGCAAACACCUUUCGCCAGAUGUCAUUGCACAGGCGAUUGCCGACACAUUCCCCGCCACCUCGGCGUCGGGCAGCAUUGCAAAGAGCCUUUUAGCUGCGGUUGGCCGAGAGGAUGUUGCGCUUGGCCGGGCUGCCGGCGCUGAGAUGGAGGUGGACAGCGACGCAAAGGCUGCCAAGAACGGCACCUCCAAGAAGGAGGUAAAAGAGAUCAUCCCCGAGAUUGACGUGUUCCUGGGCAUUCUGGUCCAGGUCUAUCUCUUCGAUGCCAAGAAAUACCAGCAGGGAGCCGACUUCUCCAAGUACCUGUCGGAUCGUAUCCAGACGCUCAACCGCCGAACGCUGGACUGCCUCUCGGCCAAGGUCUACUUUUACUUUUCGCUCUUCUGCGAGUACAUCGUCCCGCUGCCACCGUCUCCCGAAUCGCCCAUUGUCGCCAUCCGACCUACUCUUCUCGCCGUCCUCCGAACCGCCGUCCUGCGCAAGGACACCGAUACUCAGGCUUCGGUCAUCGUUCUACUGCUAAGAAACUAUCUGCUGACGUCGCACAUCAAACAAGCCGACCUGCUUGUCUCACAUACGCAGUUUCCCGAGAAUGCCGCCAACAACCAAGUGGCACGAUUCUUGUACUAUCUUGGGCGGAUCCGGGCCAUCCAGCUGCGAUACACGGAGGCACACGAGCACCUCACAGCCGCCACCCGCAAGGCGCCGUCGAGCGGCUGUGCCGUGGGUUUCUCACAAACCGCCACCAAGCUAUUGCUGGUCGUUGAGCUGUUGAUGGGAGACAUCCCCGACAGAGCCACCUUCCGACAGCCAUCUCUGGAGGACGCCCUCCACCCAUAUUUCCUGCUGGUUCGGGCUGUGAGAGUGGGCAACUUGGAGGACUUUGAGACCACCAUUGCUGAUAAUGCGGACAUCUUCAAGCGGGACGGCACUUACACACUCAUCCUCCGCCUGCGUCAAAACGUCAUCAAGACGGGCAUUCGAAUGAUGUCGCUAUCAUACUCUCGCAUCUCCCUGCGUGACAUUUGCAUCCGCCUGCAUCUUGGCAGUGAAGAGUCUGCCGAAUACAUUGUUGCCAAGGCCAUCCGAGAUGGCGUGAUUGAGGCUACUUUGGACAGAGAGAAGGGAUUCAUGAAGAGCAAGGAAGUGGGUGAUGUAUAUGCUACAAGAGAGCCAGGAGAGGCGUUCCAUGACCGUAUUCGGGCGUGCCUUGCCCUCCACGACGAAAGUGUCAAGGCCAUGCGAUUCCCCAUGAACCAGCACCGUCUCGAGCUCAAGAACGCCCAAGAGGCACGCGAACGAGAGAGGGAAAUGGCCAAGGAGAUUCAAGAGGGCGAUUUGGAUGAUGAUGACCUUGGCGGAGACUUGGAUGGCAUGUAAUAAUUUUUUCCUUCACUCUGCUGAUGUUUUUACUAUGGCUACCUCUUUUUUCCCCCCCAUGACAUCCAAAACAAUAGCCUCAAAUUUCUAUACGGGAUCUUUGGGACCAGGUCUUUCUUAUUGCAACCAGUGUGUGAGCUUCACCUUGAGAUGUUUUUGGCGGGCGGCAAUGGAGAGGUUUCUGUGACGUGAGUUGGUUUAAUCUCAUACUUGGGAGCCGGCCUUUUAAAAUUAAAAGUAUAGAGCGGUGCAUCUGUAUGGGACAUGGAAGGUAAAUGGGGGGGAGGAGGGCAUCAAUGACGAUUUUAUCGACGUUAUACAAGGGUAUGCUGUAGAGAGGAAGAAUCGUAGCGAUGGUGAUGCUUGUGAUGAUGCAAGGUUAAGGGCAAAGACGAUGGAGCUGGGAGUAGUAGCCAGCUCUUCUUUCUGGGCCAAGUAAGUAAAUCGGGUAGCAGUGGCAGCCAUUGGCCACAGCAUCAUUACUUAACUGUUAACGAUUAAUUCAUUUUCAUUCACUUUAU